CUGCCUCCACCAUGAAGGGAACCAGUGUCUUUACUCUCCUCACCCUGGCUGUGGCCUUUUACAUUGAUGCUGUCACUUGUGGGACUGAGGUUGACUGCAGCAGGUACCCUAGUGGUGAAGAAGGCCAAUCAAUACCAUGUCCAAGAAACUUGAGUCCCGUGUGUGGCAGCAAUAAUAAGACCUACGACAGUGAGUGUAUGCUCUGUUCCUACAACUCGGAAUUUGGACUCAAUGUUACAAAACUUCAUGAUGGACCAUGUGAGAAGUAAUGGAACUCUUCACUAUGUCAAAUUUGGAAAAUGCUGAAAUACAUGAUGGCUGUGAUCUGAAAUACCCUUUCUGUUUUCACUUUCCACUCCUCAGCCCUUUGUAGAAGCCUCACUUCUUCCUGGUCUGUGUUCCUGGUUGUUUGUCAUAGCA